CAGCUUGGCAACACAAAGCACGACGACUCCACAGGCGAUGGGACAGAGAGAUUGGACUGAGAUGUCCCACAAAGUAUCCCCGUCGACGUUGCACAAGAAGGAAAUAUGCACCGCGAGCCACCAGGAGUCUUCAGGGGAGAACGAGUCGUCAGAGGCAAUUCGUCAAGAAGUGCCGCCAAAGAAGUGUUCUCCUGUGUCGGAAGUCACACUCUGUCACGCAAGCCGAAUGGGUUUGACCCGGAUCAAGACGAAAAGAAUCCUGUUUUCCAGCCGGCUUAGCAGGGUGCUUAAACAUAUGCUGAUGUGCGUGACCAUCCACAAGGCACGGCACUCUGAGCCAGGUACCGAUCCAGGAGAGUUUGAUAUCUCAGAGCAGAUCAACGAACUAGAGCCGCCUGACCCAGCGCCACUUUGCUCCGAUCCGCUGCUUGAAAUAUCCGCCUGCACCUCAGAAUAUGUUUUCAUGCCUUCUCCACACAACAUCUUCACACACGAGGUCCAGUUGGAAAGUCUGCCAGUGGAGCAGACCUCAAUGACCUACACCGUCACAGGCUAUCCUCACGUGGGCUACUCGGUCCAUAGUCGAUCCAGAAGAACCGCCUGCCUCUUGCCUCGUUCUCGCAGCACCUCUGCGCUCAGACCAGAGAAGAGCAAAAGCUUGACCCGAUCUGCCAGCUUGCUCGACAUGUUCCUCAAGGACUUUGAGCACUUUACGCCUGACGUCACCGUGGGGGGAAAGAGGGAAACCUACCGGCUGCAGUGCUUCAGGGCCGGCAGGUACCAGUGCACAGUGACGGGCCUGGUGUUUCACAUGGAUGGAGAGGGGGAUGUGAGUUACGGGAUCAUCCCAUGGGACCUAAGCCUACUGGCCCUGCACCACAAAAAACCAGCGGGACCGCUCUUUGACAUCCAGUGUGACAAGCCGUCCAUGCGGCAGCUUCACCUGCCGCAUUGUGAGAUCCCAUCCACGGGCGGGUGCAGCCGUUUGUUAGUGGCUCACGUGAGCGGCGAGGGCAUGGAGGUAGUCACCCCUCAGAAGACCACCGACACUCACGUCAUUGCCAACAUCACAGGCUUUUCAGCUUUUGGGCUCAUGAGAAGUGAAGAUACGCCUCGCCUCCCGAUUCGAGCGCUGGUGCUAGUCUUCGUCAUUUCCGAAUCACCGUCCGUCUUAAAUGUGCUGUUAGUGCCAGAGAACGAGGUGGUGGAUGAAGUGAUUCGUGUUCGCAGCAGACGCAAUCCCAACGAGGGCUUUGUCAACACCAUCUCAGAAUGCAUCCUAGUCCCAGAGCAGCUGUACGUGCUGACCAGCCCGCUAGGAGACUUGCUGCGAAUUCAACCAAGUAGCGCGGCUUUUUACGAUGAUCCUCGCAGGAACUACAUGAAUUCAUUCCAAGUACUUGGAAUAGACAACAUGGACAUGAUUCAUCUCGCUCUGAGGGAAUAUGACAACCCCCAAGGCCAGGUCUGGUACGCCGAGGUUCCUUUGAGGCACGCAGACCCGCACCAUAGCGGUUUUACUGUUGAAGACCUGAGAAACGCUUGGUCCGGCUUUGUCCACCGAGUAUCACGACCGGUCCUCGGGACUCUGGUGGACCGUCUGUUUCAGGAAAAAUUCCUAAGCGAAAGUGAAAGAGACCAAAUGGACCAAGAAUGCGACAAAAGGCGGAAGGCCCGUGACGUCUUAAAAAAAAUGAUUAACCUCAACCAACAGGCUUGUGAACGCUUCAUUACUUUACUUCGAGAAGAAGAUCCUCAUUUGGCGGCUACUCUUGGCUGGUGAGGACCGGACUCAUACAUUUUGGUGGUGUUCCCUUAAAUCAGCCGCAAGCAUCGCAUCUUGAACUCAGACGAUGAGAGAACACGUUGUCUGGACUGUGUGAUGACGUGAGAGCAGGACGUCUGCUGAAGAAAAACUGCUACUGAAUACACUUUGCAUUGACGUUCCAUUCUUGGAUGUUCUCAGGACUCGGACGCUCUGGAUAAAAUGUGAUUAUGUCCAAUUUAUUUUGAUUAUAUUGUCAAAGUCGUCUGUGAAGUACUCAAGCUUCUCUCUUAUACCUACGUCCAGUCGUUAUGUAAGGUGCUAUAUUUCUAUUUUAUAUAUUUUUGUCUCAUUAAAACAUGUAUUUAUAAAUUACUACUAGGAUCAUAUAUAUAUAU